AUGGCUGUUGAUGUCUACGAGGACGAUUGCGAACUUGUCAACAUCACUCAUACAAACGCAAACAAGAUAUUCUCUGGACCUGAGAUACAUACUUCUACUCCCAGUUCAAUGCGUCAAUGCAAUUUACCUGCUGCUAUAUUCCGUUCUCAAUUAGUAAAUUCAAACUCUGUCAAGCUUUUCUUUGCCCCUCCUGUUUGCUUACUUCAGUCCAAAUUUGACCUGAAAUCAACCCAAUUCGGUCCAAACUUUAUUGUUCAACCAGCUGUCCGUCCCCUGAAAUUCGGUACGUUCGGAGGUUAUCAAUAA